AUGAGAUUGUCGACCUUCUCCCUCAGUGCGGUGCUCCUCGCCAUUGGCACUGCGUCAGCCCAAAAUGCCACGGUCACUGCAAACUCCACGGCCACCCCAACUACAACUAUAACCGUGGCCCCUGGCUGCCCCUCUGCCACACCGGCAGAUGUAAUGGUCAACCGUUCUGCCGUCGCAGUCCCCUCAUGCGACGCCGGUAACGCAACGAAGCCAGUCAUUGUCAGCAGCGCAGGGUCUGGCUCGAAUACGACGACUCCUACUGGAGCUGGAGCUGGAGGUGCAAGCGCGACCGGUACAGGCAGCCCAUCGCAGUUCACUGGCGCAGCUGGCAAAGUCGCCAGCCAAGGAGCGAUUGUGGUCAUCGGAGGCGUCAUCGCUGGGCUCAUGUUGUAA